CAUCGUACCAGAUACGUCUGAGCAAACACUCUUGUGUGCUUCCACAUGGAAAUACAGAGCACAACGCUACCAAGGUAGCGCGUUCUUUAACUCGAUCCCAUCAAUGUCAGGUCGGCGUCUCCUCGACGCAGCCAGACUUUUCAAUGCCGCCCGAUCCAUAGCCAAGCAGCACUUACGGCUGCGCUCGCAACAGCUCGACGUCUACACGCAGACAUCGACAAUUGCUAAAGCCGUCAAAAACCAGACGGAUCGGGUGACGCUUACUGCUCGCGCUGCAAUUGCACUGGCAAAACGUUUAAAUGAACAAGCGCCUACAUAUACGUAUUCUUCUACGCAAACCUCACCGACGAAUGAGUCCCGCUCUAGUGAUCCAAUUCCUCGCAAGGAUUCGACAGCGACGACACACGAAGCUAGCUCUUUGAGAAGAGAGGGGAUCAACCAAGAUCAUCAUUAUACGCCAUCAGAAAGCAAUGCAACCUCGGAAGCCCCUCCAAGAGGUGAAAUAUUUGUACGGCAAGCCGAGUCCAAGCAGCGGCCGCUCCCAGAUGGCACGAUUCCUUCGGCAGAAAUUGAAUUCAAAGACGAAAUACCUCAAAGUGGCACAGUCAAGCAUGAUCUUUCUCCCAAAGAUGCAAGAAAUGCACAGCGAAAAGCUGAGGCUCAAAUUCCCAGUGUGACCACUACGGAUCCUCAAGUCACAUCUGGAAGUGACAAGUUCGCACAGGGCCAUGAUCAAGAUGUGUUCUACAGACCAUCAACGGCAAUUAAUCACGAAUACUCAUCUUUGCCUAGGGCGAAAAUACCAAAAUACACCGAGACUGCUGAAGGCCAUGGCAGCAAGGUAGAUGAGCAUGGUAUCAAUGCUGACACCUUCUACACCCCUGGUAUUCGCAAGGACAAAGCGACCACAACAGUCUCGGAAGAUAUACCUGAGGGCGUCAAUGUCAAUGUAUUCCGCAGUGCUCGAGUAUCUCGAAUGCUUGGCGUUGAUCCUGGAAAACAGACCGAACCAUCGCGACCAAGGGAUCCGGCCAGUGGGCGACAGAGUUUAGGAACAAAAAUUAUAAAGAAUGACUCGAACUCGACAAUUGAGAAUUUGGCGGCGAGUUUAGAGAAGGAUUCUCAGUCUUUACCGGCACAAGGAGGCACCUCACCGUCAUUUCGAAUGCGUGAAUCCCGAGUGCCGUCAUCACGUCUCGGUAGACUUUGGGAAUAUGGCGGACUUGGUGUUAGCAUGGCUUUCGGCGCCGUGGGUGAGAGUCUACGACGAGCUACAGGAAGUACCACUGGUGGGUCGCUUAUGUUGAGUCCUGCAAACAUGGAAAGACUAGUAGCCAAGCUAUCUCGGAUGCGAGGAGCAGCACUCAAGUUAGGGCAGAUGAUCUCGUUUCAGGAUCUGAAAAUGCUGCCAGGGCCAAUCCAAGACGUUCUACAGCGAGUUCAGGAUAGCGCGGAUUACAUGCCUGCUUCACAACGGGAUAAAGUUCUCUCUGCCAACCUCGGCCCAAACUGGCGCGACCUGUUUAGCAGCUUCGACGAAAUUCCUAUUGCCGCUGCAUCAAUCGGUCAAGUCCACAAGGCGGUCAUGGCAUCAACAGGCAAAGAGGUCGCGGUGAAAGUGCAGUAUCCAGGGGUGGCGAAUUCUAUCGACUCUGACCUCAAUAAUCUUUCUAUCCUUCUCACAGCAUCCCGUCUCCUACCAAAGGGUCUCUACCUUGACAAGACAAUCGCAAACGCACGUACUGAGCUUGCCUGGGAAUGUGACUACAUUCGCGAAGCUGAAUGUGCAAAACGUUUCAAGACGCUUCUUGCAGACGAACAGGAUACUUUCACGGUUCCUGAAAUCAUCGACGAAGCAAGUGGGAAGGAAGUGCUCACAGCAGAGCUGAUGCGCGGCGUCGCAGUCACGAAGAUGAAGACGCUCACGCAGCAACAGCGUGAUUGGGUGGGCACGCAAAUCCUGCGUCUGUCACUAAGGGAGAUCUGCGAGUUCAGAUUCAUGCAGACAGAUCCGAACUGGACGAACUUCCUGUUCAACGCGGAAUCUCAAAAGCUGGAACUUCUGGACUUCGGCGCAAGCAGAGAAUACCCGAUGGAGUUCGUGAAGCCUUACGUCGGGAUUCUCAAAGCGUCAGCCAUAAACGACAGGUCUACCAUUCGAGAUCUAAGCAUCCAGCUAGGCUAUCUCACCGGCGAGGAGUCAAAGUCAAUGACCAAGGCGCACAUUGAUUCGGUACUCACGCUGGCCGAACCAUUCAAGGAAGACGGACCAGACGUGUACGACUUCCGCAACCAGACUAUCACUGACCGUGUGAGGGGGCUGAUUCCGCUCAUGGUGAGAGAGAGGUUAGCUCCGCCGCCUGAAGAGACGUACUCGCUACACCGCAAGCUUAGUGGUGCAUUCCUGCUCUGUGCACGGCUAGGCAGUCAGGUCCCAUGCAAGAAACUGUUCCAGGACGCUAUGCAAAAAUUUGAUGCUGCUUUAUAAAAAAUCAGCGAAAAAAAAUUUUUUUUUUCGCAUUUUAUUUCUCCCUCAGAUCUGGUUGUAGAGUAAAAUUAGCUUGCUUUGUACGAUAGAAUUGUACAUGUACCAUCACCACUCGGUUUUUCGUCACUCUCCUUGUCGCUGCUGUUGGGGCUCCGCGCGUCUGGACUUUUUGAUCCUGCAAAAGCCGACCUACGAGAUUUGGUACACGGGUUUGCUUUUGCCGCUUCGAUUGCCUCCAUACAAAGUGCUCAGCCAUCCUGUCUAACGCGAAAAGCCACCCCCCCCCCCC